AUGUCUGCGACGGAGCCAAAGUCUGGGCAACCAGAGCCGAUCGAGGCGCCCUCCUCACUCGCUCCAGAACCCGCGACGGCGACGACGGCAAAGACGCUCCCCAUGCUUCCGCCGGAGCACUGGACCGAGGUGGCCGGCCAGGAUGGCGAUGGCGGCGACGACGCUGACUCGGCCCAUGGCGACGAUGCGGCGGAGUCUACGGCAUCCCUCACGUCCACCAUCCUGAGAUACAGGACCAUUCGGGGGCGGACUUAUCACAGUGAGAUUGGCAAUGCUCAGUACUGGGGAGCCAACGACGAUGGCCAUAGCGAGUCUCUAGACAUCCUAAACCAUGUUUUUAAUCUCUGUCUCGACGGUCGACUUUAUGUGGCACCCAUCACGGAUGAUCCCAAGAAAGUCCUUGACAUAGGAACUGGUACCGGAAUCUGGGCCAUCGACUUUGCAGAUCAGUUCCCGGGGUGUGACGUGAUUGGCACGGACAUCAGUCCUAUCCAGCCCGGCUGGGUACCCCCGAACCUCAGAUUUGAGAUUGAAGACUGUACUCGAGAAUGGACCUUUGAAGAGAAUGGAUUUGACUUUGUCCAUAUCCGAUACCUGACGGGCUGUAUCCUGGACUGGACCGAAUUCUUCAAGGAGGCCUACCGGUGCCUAAAACCGGGCGGGUGGUUGCAAAGCUACGAGUCGUCUCCUACCGUUUUCUCCGAUGAUGAUACUCUCCCCAAGGAUAGCGCCAUCGCUCAGUGGGGGCCAAUCUUUAUGGGGGGUGGCGAGAAGACCGGGCGAACCUUUGCCGUGGUAGAUGAUGGGCUCCAGAACACGGCCAUGGAGAAGGCUGGGUUUGUGGAUGUUCAAGAAAAGUGGAUCGAGGUUCCUAGCGGUGGCUGGCCUAAGGAUCCAAAAUUGAGGGAGAUCGGCCAAUUCUCACAGGUGGCGCUCUUAUCAGACGUUGAAGGCUUCAUCUUGUUCUUCACGAACGUUCUGGGCUGGUCCAGAGAUCAGGUCCAAGUCUACAUCGCCCACCUUCGGCGAGAGCUUCGUUCCUUGAAGCAUCAUGUCUACUAUAAGCAAAAGAUUGUAUGGGGCAGGAAGCCGGAAGCACAAUGAGACUUUCUAUGCGGGGCAUGGGUCAUACGGGAGUGAAAGCACAGUAAGGCUGAGAAGGCUGUAAAGGCCGCAAGGAAAGACAGGUCGCUAAGGGAUGGAAAGGGGUUGCUGACUAGCUUCUUGACCAAAUUUGCUGCAGAGCCUCGCGCUGCCGAGGUUCUCAGCCUAAAUAUCAAGCGCCAGGGCAGCCAACAUUAUCGUCCUGUGUCUAAUGCAUUCCAGGACGGCCUUUCACGUGCACCCUGCUGUUUGCUAGAG